AUGGAGUCAAUCAAUGUAGUUAUGGAUGACAACUCUAAGGAGACAACAGAGGAGGAACUUAAUAACCUUAUCAGAAAAGCUGAAGAAGACUCUAUCGAUCUAGAAGACUCAGAUCCAGCAGAGCCCGCAGUACCAAACUCAACAUUACUCCAGGAAAAAGAACCUUCUACAAGGAUCAGCCACAAUCAUCUUGAGGAGAACAUCCUUGGAGAAUUGGAUGAAGAUUCUAUAGGCAAGAGCAUUGAUCCUACUCUACAUAGAAGCAUGAUAGGAAGUCUUCUUUACAUUACUCCUAGUAGACCUGAUAUUGCUUUCAGUGUAGGUAUCUAUGCACGAUUUCAGAGAUUUGAAUCUAAGUUUGAAUGGGCUGGGAAUGCUGACGAUAGAAAAAGUACCACUGGUGGUUGUUUUUAUGUCGGCAGCAAUCUGGUAGCAUGGAUGAGUAAGAAGCAAAAUUACAUCUCUUUAUCCACUGUUGAAGCUGAGUACAUUGUGGCUGGCAGUUGUUGCACUCAAUUUCUUUGGAUGAAAAAGAUGCUUUAG